AUGAAAUUUGACGUACCCAAAGAUCUUUUUGAUAAGAAACUUGUCGCUAAAUUUAUUGCCUUUGAUGCUUCUACUAUAACAUCCCUCAAGGCUAAGGUUGUCAGUGAUUCUGUACAAAUGCCUACUCGCGUUGAAGUUGUAUCAGCUGUGAUAUGGAAAUGUGCCAUGGUCGCUUCAGGGAACGAGACAAGGUUAUCCAAAUUGGUGCACAACGUAAAUAUACGAAAGCGUCUUGUCCCUCCACUGCCAAACCAUUGUGUAGGAAACGUUGUUACACCUGCCACAAGUCGAGAUGAGGCAAUAUUGGCUAUUCCCUAUGACAGCGCAGAGUUCUUUGCAGCAUGUUCCCGAGGCGAGAUAGAUAUACAUACUAUUAGUUUGUGUAGCUACCAAUUUUACGAUGUUGAUUUUGGCUGGGGAAAACCUUCAUGGGUAAGCUUAAUUCGAUCUUUUGGCGUAGGUACUGUUAUAUUGAUGGAUUCAAGAGAUAGUGGCGGAGUAGACGCAUGGAAACUGUCUGUUUUUGCAGCUACACCACCUGCAAGCCAUACCAAUUUCCUAAAUAGGCAUUUUAUGCCAACAACAACAACAAUAAAAAGCAAUUAA